CUGUAGGUGUUACGGGUUCGUAGGGUCAGUGUGUCGGUGCAGUCAGGGAGCUCUGGAAGAAGAGCCAGCAUGGCGGAGGACAUCUAUGCUAAUGCAGACAUGACCCAGAAGGUGAAGUUGGAUGAUAUUUACGCUAAACCAGACAUGACCCAGAAGGUGAAGUUAAAGGAUGUCUGCUGAUGUAGACAUGACCCACAAGUUGAUGUCAGACAGGGGGGAGAUGGAGGAGAGGAUUGUGGACAUCUAUGUUAGUGCUGACACCCUCAGAGGUCACGACCCCUGCUCAGAGGCUGAGGACCCUUCUCCAGAGAACCCUGCAGGAGAUCAGCUCUCAGGUGCUGGGGGUCCAGAGAGGAGUCUCUCCAGAGCUGCAGCAGUGUGUCUGGGGCUGCUGUGUGCUCUCCUACUGGCUGGGGUCGUAGCACUGGGAGUCAUCUAUCUAAUCAAAGUCACUGUGGAGAGACAACAGCUCCAGACCAAUUAUGAUAUCCUGACCAGAGAAAGAGACCAGCUGAACACCAGUUACACCAUCCUGACCAGAGAAAGACACCAGCUGAACACCAGUUACACCAUCCUGACCAGAGAGAGACACCAGCUGAACACCAGUUACACCAUACUAUCCAGAGAGAGAGACCAGCUAAACACCAGUUACAUCUUCCUGACCAGAGAGAGAGAUCAGCUGAACACCAAUUACACCAUCCUGACCAGAGAGAGAGACCAACUACAGACCAGUAACAACAUCCUAUCCAGAGAGAGAGACCAGCUGAACACCAGUUACAUCAUCCUGACCAGAGAGAGAUCAGCUGAACACCAAUAACAUCAUCCUGACCAGAGAGAGAGAUGACCUUAAGAAGACAUUAUAGAGUAAGGUUAAAUAGUAUGUAAAUGUAGGUUGUAUAAUAUUUGUAAAAUGCCCCUAAGACUAAAGGAAGCCUUAAAACAGUUUAUACAUAAAGAUGUUAAGUGUUUUUACCAAGACUAUCACUGGACGGAGGAGGUUUGGUUGCAGCUGUUCUGUUAUUAGGUCUGAGAUAAGCUACUAUGAAACAUGUCCUCUAACUGCUAUGUUUUCAGAGGUCACUUCCUGUCCUGAUGGCUGGCUGCAGCUUAGUUGUAGCUGUUACUAGGAUAAAUAUCUUAAAAUAAAUAACAAUUCUGCGUUGUAAUGAGGUUGUCAUACAGAGGGUCAAGAUGGAUGGAAGUGGUUUGGCUGCAGCUGUUACUACGUCUCUACUGAGGAGAAAAACUGGACUGGCAGCAGACAGGACUGUAGAGACAGAGGAGCAGACCUGGUGAUCAUAAACAGCCUAGAGGAACAGGAUUUCCUCAAUAACCUCAAAAAGAAAAUGUGGAUCGGUCUGUCUGACACAGUAACAGAAGGGAACUUUACCUGGGUGGACGGAACUCCACUGACCACACCCAC